AUGAUGCCAACAAAAUUAAUGUGCACAGUAGUUGCAUUCGCUGGAUUCUGUCUAUUAUUAUUGGCAACAACAGAUGCGGCUCCAAUGCCCAGGUAUUAUCCAAAUACACUUUACAAUGAUAUUGAUCAAUAUAAUGAAGGAUCAGCAGAACAAAUUAUGCGACUGAUAGAACGUUUUGGACAAACAAUAAUGAGAGCUCGAAAUGAUUUGGAGAAUUCAAAACGUAAUAUUGAUUUUGGAUUAGCUCGAGGUUAUUCUGGUACACAAGAAGCUAAACAUAGAAUGGGUAUGGCAGCUGCAUCAUUCCCAGGUGGUCCAGGACGUAGACGUCGAUCAGAAAGUGAAGCUUAAAUAUUUAAUAAUUAUUAAAAAAAAACAAAAAAAAUUUAAAGCAAAUUUAAUAAAAACUAUUUCAAUUUAAUUCUUAUGUAUAAUAAACAAAUACAUAUUAUGUAAAUUUUCCAGUAUAUAACAACAAAAAAAUUCUUUAUUUAAAAAAAAAAUUAAUUUAAUUUUUAAUUUUUUUCUUUUUUGAAAAAUAUAUCGUUACAUCAGGUAAUUAAAAUGAUCUUGCUUUAAAAUUAACAAAAAAAAAAACAAAAACUUUUCAAUAAAUUUUCUAACAAUUAUUUAAAACAAUUUAAAUGUAUGUAUGUGCUAAUUGAAAUUAUAUAUAGAAAAAAAAAAUAAAAACGCUUUUAAAUAAAAUUUAAUUUUUUAUUUUCAACAAUUACAUACACACAUUUUAUAACAUACAUAUUUAAUAUAUUAUUUAUUUUUUUAAAAUUUUCAAUUUUACAAAAUGAUUAUUUUUAUAAAAGCUUUAAAAAAAAUAUUAUAUAAAUACAUACACCAUCACAUACAUAAAUAAUAUAUUACUGUAAAUAAGAAAAAAAAAACAUUUAUAUUAUUAUAUAUUUACACACAAUAUAAUAUAUGAAGCGAAAACAAAUACAUGAUAUAAUUUAUAAUUUUAACAACAAUCAUAUUAAAAUAAAGCAUAAAGAAGAGAAAAACUGUCAACUAAACGUCACACAAAACUUACUGUACUUAUAUAUAUAUAAUGUAAACUAUAUUAACUGUGAAUUAUAUUAUUAAUUAUUAUAAUUAUUACUGCAUUUAAUAUAAUAUAUAUCAUUUUAUGUUAAUGAAA